AUGGAAAAUGUCAUGCCUGGCGGGAGCCUUUCUCACCCUAUUGCAUACACUUCAACUGGUUGGCUUGACCGUGAAGGAAUUCCUUUCUUCUGCACCUCUCAGGCAAAGUAUAUUGCCCAGAUAUUGCUGGCUGGUUCGCGCAUCCUCGGCCGCGCAUUUGCGAAGGCACUGCAGGAGGAGUACGCCGCGAGUCAGCAAGCCGCCAAGGCUCGAGCCAGUUCGCGUGCCAAUGAUUCCUCAUCACGUGAUGGUGGUUCCUUCACCGACUCUCUGUCUGGGAUUUCUCUGGAGGAAGCAAAGCAAAUCUUAAACAUCCAAGACAUCCGUAAUGCCGAGGAGUUGCAGAAGAAGUUUGACCACUUAUUUUCUGUGAAUGCCAAGUCCAAAGGCGGCUCGCUUUAUCUCCAGUCUAAGGUGAGUCCACCUCCUACAAUUUCUUUUUAUGCUGCCGACACAGUGCAACUACAUUGUCUUCUGUUUGAGUACCGGACGCCCUUUAAUCUUGUAUUGGAAUCCUGUUAAUGCCACUAUUGUGUUUUAAGUAGAUCUCGUCCUAUUAUACUUGCCUAUGAUGAUGGUACCAGGAGUGACUCUGUUUUCCCACUUUUCCUAAAUUUUCUCUUGUAAAACUGAUUUUUCCAGCUCCACUUUCAAGUUUUUCGCCAUCCUUCUGCAGUCUCCGUUUAUACCGCCUUCAGUUGUUUUCUUGACUACAGCCACUGCUGUCAGUCGUUGGCAAUUGAAUCUAGCAAGAAAGAUCAGAAACCCGAUUUUCUCUGCCUUUCUGUCUGUGUGCUGCGUCACUACAAGUAAACUGUCUUUGUGGCACAGAACUGGGAGUAUUACAGAGACUUCAGCUGCUAUUACUAUUCCCACAAUACUUGUCGACAUGCGUCCUGAACUAGGCUUUGCUGGUAGGCCCAUGCUAUUAAAAUUUAACUGUGCGCUCGGAAAUUCCACCUUUCACGCCCACGAGGGUCCCCCGUCGUGGAGGUCGAUCUUGACUGCAUUUUUCAACCUUUCUCCCCCCAGUGACUCUGUUAAACUUUUUGACGACAAACAUCUCACUGAAGGAAGGCUAUUUGAGCCUUAAGUGGCCUAAAGUGAGGACUUAUUGCCCUGCUUUAUUACGUCAACUAGAGCAAACCAGGAUAAUUUGGGACGCGACUGGUCUCAGUGGCUAACCAAUCAUACAUGGACCUCACUUCAUUCCUGCCACGGUUUAUCUCUCGACCCGAACCAGCUUUCACACUCGGCUAGUCGUAUGCGUAAGAUUUUCCGUGGGAGUUGUUCGCCUGUAUAUCAUUUUCUUGCUCAAGGGAAAGGGUCUGAUGGUAGACGGACACAGGCAGUUGUUUCUCGACUGCCAGCACUACCAACUACUCAUACAUCUACGGACGAACAUAGAGCCGAUAGCAUCAUGGGCCAAUGUAGCCCAUGUCCCGCGAUCACCGACUUGACUCAGCAGUGAUUAUCCCUCUGGAGUCUCAUGCGCGAUUACCAGGGGCUGUAGAACUUAGCAUCCGUUCAGGCCUGACACCUCAGCUGCCGAUCUCGGUGGCAGCGUCAACACGGACAGGUUUUCAGAGCGAUGACGUUGUGGAGGAGUUCCUCUUCGGCUCGACCGAACUCGUGAUCGAAACAUCUCAGGUUUCGGCAUAUUCUCCCGAUUAGCGACGGACUUCCACAUUCUAGAAUUAUUCCGUGAGCUGCCGUUGCAGUGUUCUGGUAGGCACCGGUUGUCUGGCGCCUCGAUCUUCUCCGUCUUUGACCGUAGUCUCAACACGCGGAUACGCUGAAUCGCGAGUCGAAACAGCGGAUACUCGCCGACAGAAUAUGCUCAUCACGAGUUAUUUCUAACGUUGACCAGUCAGUAUGUCAGAAGAACCGCGUUUAGCAAAAUGCUCAACCUUUUGGUACUCUCUUUACCAUGCAUUCGACCUUUGCUUCAUCAUAACAUCCCGGUAUUCCACGUUCCGCGUUUAGCAAAAUGCUCAAACUUUUGGUACUCUCUUUACCAUGCAUUCGACCUUUGCUUCAUCAUAACAUCCCGGUAUUCCACGUUCUGCCAAAUGUUUAACCCUUCAGACUGCUAUUUGCUCCACAAUAUCAUUAUCUGUGGCAAAUUCUUGAACUAAUGUUGAAACGGGUCGUUUGCUUUGCAUCUUGGGAAGAUGGACGUUUUGUACCGUACCGUUCCGGCCUUAUUCUGCCCACAUUCAGCCAACCAAAGCCUUGAUCACCAGCUGGGACAAAAAAAACAUGCGCUCUUACAGGGCGCAGAUGCUCCACAGACGGAGUCCAGUAGAUGGGUCAUGAGCACUUUGUCAAGCCGAAGUUCAUCAGUGCUUCACCACUUGUCAUUCUUUGUCGCUGCAGAUCGGGUAUUCACUCAGGAAGGUAUAAAUGCACCCCGAUCUACUGGCUUCACGAAGCAAACAAGCUCCGUAUGGGUGGCAAAGGUCACGAACAGGCAACUAACUACCAGGCUGAAGUCGGCCAAGCCAUAAUGGCAGCGAGGAGGGAGGACAGAGAAUGCGGGUAGAUUGAUACAGUACUGUUUCGGGCUUAUUAUGCCUUCGUUCAGCCAGUCAUAACCCUGACCACCAGCAGCUGGGACCAGAAACACAAACAUGCGCACAGACGCACCUGGCGCAGUUGGUCCAUCACUGAGGCCUACCAGAUGGGUCAUAAGCACUUCAUCGAACCGAUGUUCAUCAGUGCCUCGCCACCUGUCAUUCUCUGUCGCUGCAUAUCGGGUAUUUAUUCAAUCAGGAAAGGGCGCACACCGAUCUAUUGGCUUACGAAGCAAACAAGCUCCGUAUGGGUAGCAAAGGUCACGAAUAGGUUAUUACGACUUGGCCGACUUCGAGGUGAUAGUUUGUUGUCUGCUCGUGGUCUUUGCUACCCAUACGGAGCUUGUUUGCUUCGGGAACCCAGCAGAUCGGUGUACGUCCAUUCCUGAUUGACAAUGACAUAUAUUCAGAUUGUUCACCUGUUCUUGCUCCUCCACCGCAAGUGGUAGUAGCUAUCGUAGUCAUAGUAGUAGUGGACAUUUUUGUUAGUUGGCGGUGGUCGUCUCUGUGCGUAGAUCUACGCCACUUAGAUAUUGUCUUGCUGAUAGGCGGGCAAUUACCUCCCAUCGGAGCCAUUGGCCUUUAACAAAUAUUCGCGAGCCGUAGGCCUUCGGUUGUUCAGGAAAUCCUGUUGAACCACUGCUUCCCGAACCGCGGUUGUGCGGGGCGGCCUGUUGUCGGGAUAAUUUACUGUACUUCCAGAAUCCUAAAACAGGUGUCCACAUCCAUUUCUCCGACACGUCAGUCUGAAGUUCCAGGACUGUCUGGAAUGACGACGAGUGAAGCCAUCUCGGAUGGCGAUCAGUUUCCACCACGUUUUAGCAUCGCUAUCACUUGCGAUCUUUUUAUAGGCUGCUAGUUUGACUGAUCGGUGCCCAGCCCUGCCUGAUCCUCGAGACCCCGCAUCGCCUGCGCCACCGAUGGGUUUCGGUCGCGUUCCUCGAACGCCCCUUCUACUAUUCGGUCUUCUACUGUAGCCUUUUUUGCCAUCCUACAGGUUUUCCGUGCCAAAGAGCGCAUAGACGAGGAACUCCGAACGCUAAAUUCCAAACCACCGUCUUCUGAGUCAGCCAAGCCCCCUGAUCCAUAG